AUGUCAUACACGAGCAAGAGUAUUCUAAAGAGGCUAACAAUACUCACAUGCUCGUCCGGCUCGUUUUCUAGUUCGCUAUUAUUCAGACGCGGCGGGAUAUGUGCAAAAUCCUCAUCAAUACCGUCUAUACUGACUUCUCGGGACUCUCAUAUUAGUCAGCUACAUACCCACAGAAACUGUCUGUGUUGUAAUUCGCAGACAAGAGGAGCAGGUGGUGGUGGCGCUCAUCUGAUAAAAUUUUUCGGCGGAAAAAAUAGCAACGAUUGUAAUUAUAGUAAUGUCAACCACAACACUAGCAGCUACUUUAAUGGCGGAGAUAUUGUUAGAAGAAUGUACAGUAAUGGUACAGCGGAAAAGGACAACAUGGAAGGUUUUGAUGGAUGGUUAAACGGUGGUGAGGCAGAAGCGGUGGAAGAGAAAGAAGUGGAUGAGCGUAUCGCGGUUGAGACUGGUACACCGGAAGGUGUUGAUACUAAACACGGGGGUGGGAUUGAUCCGAGAGAUAAACAGAUUGCAGAGCUGAAGAAUCAUUACCUUCGAUCUCUCGCCGACCAAGAAAAUCUUCGGGAACGUACACGACGAGAAGUAGAACACACUGCACAAUUCGCAAUACAAAAAUUCGCACGUGAUUUACUAAACACCGCCGACAUACUAAACCUAGCUCUGAGCUCGGUUCCAAAAGAAGCACUAGAAAACGCGGCAAAAGAAAACCCGCACCUCCAUAAUCUGUACACGGGGGUCAAAAUGACCGAACAAGAUCUCUUAAAGACACUUAAAAAUUACGGGGUCGAACAGAUCAAUCCGCUAGACGAGAAGUUUGAUCCGAAUGUGCAUGAGGCGAUGUUCCAAGCCCCAGUAGAGGGUAAAGAAGAGGGAACGGUGUUUACAGUUCAGAAAAUUGGGUACAAGUUAAAUGGAAGGGUAAUAAGACCACCGCAGAACAUUGAGUAUUCGAUAAGAAGGUAG